GACGAGGUCGGAGAGAUGGGCCGUUCGCGCUCCCGAUCGAAAUCGCCGAGCAGACGGCGUCAUAAGAGCAAGCACUCGCGCAAGCGGUCCAAGUCGCGCGAGAAGCACUCCAACAACAAGUACUCGGACAAGCCGAAGGAGCGCAGCUCCAAGUCCAGAAAACGAUCCCAUUCCGCGUCAUCCAGCACUGGUACGGAUAUAUCAGAUGAUGUGCACAUCGUCAGUCACAAGAAACGUUCGUAUAGGGACAGGGAUCGAAAGAUGGAUGAGGUGGAAAGGCUGGCGGAAAUGGAGCGGCAAAGGAAAAAGAAAGAAUUAAUGAACAAAAUCUUCACUACGAGCUCAGUUGGACGUCAACGCGAGGUGGAACAAAAAAUGGUGGAAGAAGAAGCAGCCAAACGUAUAGAAGAGCUUGUACAAAAGAGGGUAGAAGAGGAGCUUGAGAAACGUAAGGAAGAAAUUGAUGCAGAGGUGCAAAGGCGAGUGGAAGAAGCCAAAAGGGCUAUGGAGCGUCAAAUGAUGGAGGAAAUGGAAUGGAGACAAGCGAAACUACGAGAGGAGGAGAAACGAAGAGAGGAGGAAGAGCGGAAGAAGCGCGAGGAACUAGAGAGGAUUAUGGAGGAGAACAACAGAAAGAUAGAGGAUGCUCAGAAGAAAUUGGCUGAAGAAAGAUUGGCCAUGGUUGAAGAACAACGGUUAAUGGAAGAAGAAAGACAAAAAAUGAGAAAGGAACAUGAGAAGCGUGUUAAGGAGGAGCAAAAGAGGAUCUUAGGCAAAAAUAAUUCAAGGCCUAAGUUAUCUUUUACAUUAAAAUCGGUUACGUAAGUUUAGUAUUUGUAUUGUUUCAUGCAGUUUUACAUGUGAUAUAUACACUAAAUCUUGUUAGCUUUCGUACUUGAUUCGCGAGAAUAGUUAUUAUAAACUGUAUCUAUGUAGGUAUAUAAGUAUACUUAUAUAGAUACGUAAAUAAGUG